AAAUGAUUAAAAUAAAAUGAAAAUAUAAUAUCACACAAUAUAUUGCAUCUAUGCAGAGCAAAUGCAUAUAUUGCUGGCUGUAGCGUAUAAUUUGUAAGGGUAAUUUAUUAUAGCGCAUUAAGCAGAUACUCGUACAUUGUUUAUAACAAGAUGAAAGCUAUACUCAUAGCUUCGACAACAAUGGAAACAAAAACAAAAGCAACAAUAAAAAACAUUUAAAUGAACCCAACAAAUACGCAUGGGUAACACAUCACAUUAGAACACUUUGAGCUUCCUACAUGAAACGAUCGCAUUUGGGCGCACGACGGAAACAAGGGCAAUACGCGACUUACGUUCACGACUUACGCGCUCGGUAAAGAAAGUGAAAAAACUCGGGCUGCAUCUGCAAUCUUAAAUUCAAGCAAAACUUCAUCGCUUCCAUCCUCAGCGGGCAAGCAGAUUGAAGAAGAGAGGAGGCACAUCGAUCGAAUUAGUGUUACUUGUUGUGAUCUGAUACUCUAUGCUUAAAUUUAAACAGAUUUUACAAUAAUUUAAUUUGGUACAAUUAAGUUAAUGCGAAGGGCGAACUACGCGCUGAGUGCUUUGUCGUAUUCAGCAGUUUCCGCGACCUCAGCACUAACAAUACAAUAUUAAAAAUCAAAACGAAAAUUGAAUUUUAAAUUUAAAUAAAUAAAUUAUUAAUAAUAUAAGUACUAAACGUGUGUGAAGAAGACGAUGUUGGUUAAAAGUGUAUCAACUGGAGUUGUACUUGUUCUGAGCCAAAUUGUAAUUGCCCAGACAUAUGGCUAUAGUGACGAUGCUGUGGUCGAUAUAGGAUCAACACUGCCAGAUAGCAAUCCAAAUCAGCUACGCCUAUGGUUAACGAUUAGUGCACGUAAACGUUUUAUAGAGAUUUCCUGGAAAAAUGCGCCCGCACGCAGUGAUGAUAAUAUUUUACUAACAAAGCAAAAACCUAUUAACUUUAGUCGCAUAAAGCUAAACGCUACAACUACCCCAUUAGCUGUGUUUGAUGCCGUUGAUAGAGGUAGUAGUUCUAUCCCAAUCGAUGGUGUUACAAUAAGAACCAGUUCUAUCAGUGAACUAAGCAGGUUUGCAGGUAUAAAUCUUAAUUCACCUAUAAAUAUAAAUGCUAACACGCCAUUAGGAGACUCAUCGCGUACAAUUUCACGGAUAUCAGGAACCCAGUUGACUUCUACACCUGCACCGCAGCAACAUCAUUAUUGGAUUUCAAAUAAUGGUGCUAACGAUAUUGUGGCUGCUAUACAACCUAGUUUGAGUACGCAAUGGUUUACUACUGGUGUACCGUUCAACUAUGAAAUAACUGAUUAUAUAACAAAAAAUACGAGCUGUUAUGGCUAUUGGGCCAGUUAUAUUAAUGGUGAAGGCAGUAUACUUGCAACAACUUGUUUUCGUGCAUAUCCAACUUGGAUGCACGAUUUGAGUACAGUAAUCGGUAGCCUACGUAUGAGAGACCUAUUUAUACCAGGUACCCAUGACUCCGGAUCUUACCGUCCCAAAUUUGAUCCACUCCUGCAAGAGACAAUUGUUACAAAAUAUGCACUUACUCAGGAUGAGGACGUACGCACUCAACUUAUGCAUGGUGCACGUUAUUUGGAUAUACGUGUUGGUUAUUAUCGCAACACACCUGAAAAAUUUUUUAUUAAUCACGGCAUUACAAGACAACGUCCAUUACGUGAAAUUAUUGAACAGGUUAAAGCGUUUGUAUUGGAUACCAACGAGAUUGUCAUAUUCGGCUUAAAGGAAUUCCCUGUAGGUUUUGGUCGAACCUUGGGUGUUCACCGUCUUUUAGUACAUUUUAUACAAGAACAAUUUGGAGAUUUAAUUGUGCAUCCUUCAGUCAAAUGGAGUGGUUCAUUGCAUGACAUUUGGUCAAGGCGUCAAAAUGUUAUAAUCGCUUAUGACAAGCCUGCUAUAGUUAAUGAAUUUCCACACUUACUUUUUACUGCAGUUGAACAACGUUGGGGUAAUGUUCAAAAUUGGGUGGCGUUGGAACGACAUUUGAGAAUGGUUAACUCACUGGACGUCUCUCGUCUAUCAAGCCGUCCAGUUGCUGAUAUGGCAGAACUGACACCAGAACCAUGGGGCGUAAUUGUAGAUAAAUAUGGAGGCUUAAGAAAACUUGCCGACAAUGUUAAUUGGCGUGUCUCCCAGCUCUACAGAGAUGAUUUGGCCAGAACAGCAAACAUUGUUGCUGUUGAUUUUAUGCGUGGUACUGUAAUGCCGGAGAUCGCGAUCGAUUGGAAUAAACGUAAAAUUACUUAUUAAGUUAUUGUUUUCAAUAUUUUUAAACAAAAUUUAUGAAGCUUUAAGUCAAAUA